AAAAUAAAAAUGAAAAAAUGUUAGUAAAUUACGUGCUGCUACGAAAUACGCGGUGUUUACUACCAGGGGAAUACCGCAACCUCGAGGAAUAAAAGAAGGAAGGCUUAAGAAUACUGAGGACUGAGGGACUCGGCUCGGGUCCCAUCAACUUCUAGCUGAUCAGUUCUUCGGCAGCUAUCGUACCAGUGUAAUACCCGCGACUUAACUAUUUUAUUUAAAUACUUUAACACUUUUUUUUACUCAAUCAUUGAGUUUUUUGACAAACGCAAUAUCGGUGACUGUGAUAUCAAAUAUCAGAUAAAAUGACAAUGAAAUCGAAACCGACGAUUGGUGAGUGGUUCAAAAAUCGUCAUGUACUAAUUACCGGAGCGACAGGUUUUAUGGGUAAAGUCCUUGUUUCGAAAUUAUUGGUGAGUUGCCCGGAUGUUGAAAAAAUUUAUCUACUUGUACGUGAAAAGAAAGGGAUUGAUCCAGAGACUAGAUUGCAAUCGAUUGUUCAGCAAGAACCAUUCAGAGCAUUGCGUGAACACAAUCCAGAAAAAUUAAAAAAAUUGGUCGUGAUACCGGGCGACGUCACUGUCGAAGGAUUAGACUUAUCACCGACAAACAGAGAUUGUCUAAUACGUAAAGUCUCAGUUGUAUUUCACGGUGCAGCCAAUGUCAAGUUCGACACACCACUUAGAGAUGCCAUUACCAUGAAUACGAAAGGAACAGCUAAUGUUUUAGCAUUAGCCAAACAGAUGAAUAAUUUGGAAUCGUUUGUACAUAUUUCGACGGCCUUUUCGCAAUGCGGUGAAAAAGAGCUUGAAGAGCGUGCAUAUUCUACGCCUAUUCCUCCGGAGAACGUUAUGACACUUGUGGAUAUUGUUGACGAUGAUCUUCUGGAGACUAUGACCCCGAAGCUGCUCGGGGUCCAGCCUAAUACUUAUGCUUUCAGCAAAUCUCUUGGUGAAAAUUUAGUUAACAGAUCUGGUUUACCUGCUGGAAUUGCGCGACCUUCUAUUGUGGUUGCGUCUUGGAAAGAGCCGGCGCCCGGUUGGAUCGAGAGCAUGAACGGACCCACGGGUCUGAUGAUCGGCGCAGCGAAGGGUGUAAUUCGCAGCGUACUCUGCGACGCCGAUCUUCUUAUCGACGCGGUGCCCUGUGACAUUGCAGUGAACGCGAUAAUCGCACUCGCCUGGCGAGUGGGACUAGAACACCCAAAGCUACCGAUUAUCAUAAACGUCACUGAGAGCGGCGAGAACCCGAUGACUUGGGGAGAGGCCUUAGAAUACGGUCGUAAACAUGCCCUAUCAAAUCCGUUCUCUGGAAUAUUGUGGUAUCCAAGAGGUGGAAUUACGAACAACAAAUUCGUACAUUUACUCAGCGUAUUUUUACUACAUUUAUUACCGGCUUAUUUCAUUGACGGUAUUUGCGCAUUGACCGGAAAUAAACCGUUUUUAGUUAGGAUUCAGAGUAGAGUAAGCUGGGGAUUAAGAUUAGUUCAAUAUUAUACAAUAAAACCCUGGAUAUUUAGAAACGAUGGGAUAAAAGAGCUGAGGCAGAGUUUAUCACCAGCUGAUAAAGAAACUUUCUUUAUGGACACAAAAGCCUAUGAGUGGGAUUCUUAUAUGAAAACUUAUGUCCUGGGCGCAAGGAAAUAUGUCCUCAAAGAAGAUCCUUCUACUCUCCCACAAACCAGACGUAUAUUUUUCUACUAUUGGAUCGCUGACGGUAUCGUCAGAUUCGGACUUCUAGCUCUCUUCUCCUGGUUCAUUUACACCCUCAUAAGUCCCUGGCUCUUCACAAAAACACUUGUUGGAGUUCUUGAGAACUAGUAUCGCUAUUUAUUACCAUACCAUAGUUAUAAUUAUUGUAAUAUUUUAUUAAAUUUAGUAACUGCUCACAAGAUUGACUGAGUAACUCAAAUAAUCUUUAUAUUUUUAAUAUAUUUAAUUCUUUUAUAAAAUA